UGAUGUGUCUCAUCUAAUUACAGUUUUAUAAUUCACAUUGUUUUCGGGGAUUAAGCCAUAGAGCUUAAUUCCAGACGAAGGAAUUUUCAUGUCGUAUCAUAUAUUCUUCACUGCUAUGUACAUUCCUUUGUUCUCUUAUUAUGGAAGGGAGGAAAUUCCUUUUGUUGCACGUUCCAUCUUUUGUAGCCUUGUAACCACUGAUUAAAGCACACAAAAUGCCACGCAAUCUCUGUAGUAAUGUGUCUGCUGGCAAUAAAUGCCGCUCUUCAUUGAGCAAAAUAGACAAUUUGUUAGAAUCAGGUUUGUAAUUAUGACCACUUAUAGGUCCCCCUUUAUAAUGAUGCUAUGUAUUUCUAUUUAAAAUUCUACAGAAAGUUCCUUUAGGUUGUCCGAUGUGCUUCGUCUAUUUGAUGAGUAUCUAUUGUGUUCUGAUGUGUCAUCUUGUGAACUUUCGAUACCAAAGUUACAGUCGCUGAUAUCUCAAAUAGAGAGCUGUAGUGCUUCCUAUGAUCUGAGCACUGUUAGUACCUUUUUAGAUAAGGCACUAACGUUUUUGAACGAAGAUAGAACCCCUGUAACAUACCGUACGAAAGAAUGUUUCGAUUUUCUGCUAUAUCGCUGUAUAUUCAGGAGGAUGACAUUCUCUGUCAUUUUCAACACGUUAAAUUCCAUGUCGAGGGCAGACCGCCAGGCAUUAGAAAAGGAUUUCUUCGAUAAGCACGCACUGGCAAUGGAAGCUGUCAGUCAUCGUCUGUAUGAUAAUUUGGACUUUGAAGAGAAGGUAUCCUUGGUUGAGUUACUUUGGCGCGGUGUACGAAGGGCCGGUAACGCAAAGGCCACUAGGGCUAUGAGUACCAAGCCCAAGUUUCCAUUUCGUGGGAUAAAGUUGCUCAGCGCCAACUGCUUCGAGCAAGAGGCUAUAGCGUGGUUGGAGAAGACAGGUUGUCUAACUGAAUCACAUGGUUUUUAUAAGACAAAAGGUACUUUGGAACUUGUUUCUUCUUCGUCUAAGUCACUCUUUUAUGAUUUUGUGGAGAUUAUAAUGUCACCUGCUAUGUUGAGGGCGCAUUUGAUGACGAACGGCACUUGUCUGAAGGUUGAGGUUCCCUACGCCAGCAUGGCUAAAAUAUCAAUAGAGAGCAGCUCUAUCAAUCUUCGUUUCAAUUUGUUUAGGCUGGGUUAUAAUAUCAUUGGUUUAUGGAGUCCACCUUUACAGCGCUCUCUUUGUCAUUUAUUUAACCUUGAUGAUGUAUUUGAUAUGAAAUUGGAAUUCACUGACGGGAUACCUUUAGGGCUGGUUGACAGCAUUAAUGGGCUUGGCAAACUUGUCAACACAUCAAUCACUGAAGAGCCUCCUUUUGCUGAAAAGUCUUUAUCUAGUCUUGACUCUGCAUCUAUCAAUGACGCAAAUGCUUUUGGUGAUGAGGAAGCGAUGAAUCAUGAGGUGAUAUCGAUGUUACCAGGUUCCUUGAUUCACGCUACCUCAAUUAGAAAAAAAGCUGAGUCUCGUUUAGAGUAUGACUCUCCAUCGGACGAUUACAAAUUAAUUGACAAAUUGUCAAAUGAUGUUGAAUUUCCAUCAUCACCGUCUAGUGUUGGAUACAACCAGGCAUCUUUAUCGCUUUCAAGUGACAUUUCCAAUAGUGUCUCAUCAUCCGAAAAAUCAUACAACGAGUCUAUAUUGGAACCUUCACAUAGGUCCCUACAGUUACAGAGUUCUGUAGAGCCUUUAAUGACAUCUCUUGGUCACUACAGGGAGACUAAGGCAAAGGAGCUGUCAUCAAUAUUUAAACGUAUAUUUCGUGAGGAAUGUGAUCAGGCUAGGGCCGAAAUUUCUAAAUGUUGUUUGUCACACGAAUCUCAAAGGCGGCAGUUACAGGAGACCUAUAAGAAGCAGGUUGAAACAUUGGUCAAAGAGAUUGAGAGUAACCAUAAUGAAUUAAAUUCGCAGUUGAAAAGCAUCCUUGCUGAGUUUGAUCGACUAAGGAAUACCACUGUUGGUACUGACAUUCGAAAGAUUGAGAAGUUACGUACUCAAGACAAUUCCAUGAUAUCUAACUGCACGGGUUUGGUAGAGUUCACUGAAUCGGCUAUCAAAGAGAUCGACGAGGUGAUCGAGCAGAUAAAGGCACACUAUGUGAAGAAGAAAAUAGACUGUUCAAAGGCUUUGAAAAGCCUAUGACAUAAAAGGCUGCCUUUUCGGAACGUACCUGUAUGA